AUGGCUUCCUUUCCGCUUUUCAACCUCCCGGAGGAGCUGGUGAUCAUCGUCACGGCCCAUAUGCCAGACACAGAUCUGGCAGCAUUCUGUCGGAGCUCAAAGGCGUCGAAUCGCAUCGGGCAGAUCAGCCUAUACCGUAGGCUUUCCCCCGUGGAAAGAAUGCGUGUUUCGUCCCUGGCUAAUAUACAAAACAGGCCAACAACCAUGGAGACUCUGCUCUGGCACAACCAACAUGACAAGGCAAAGCUGCGUGAACUUGCACCGGAUGCGCUGAAGCUCGCCUGCCGGUGGGGGGGCACUCACCUGAUUAAGGCCUUGCUGGACGCAGGCGUCUCACCUAACACUGCAACCUCGGGCUUGUAUAAUGGCCCACCUGCUCCUCAACCACUCGCCGUAGCUGCCGUCUAUCACCAGCUCAAAGUCAUGGAGCUCCUAGCAUCUGCUGGUGCAAAGCCUGGGGUUAACUCGUUUGAGCACAACUUUCUCAUCUUGUGCGGAGAUCCACGAAGCAACGUUCAGAUACCUCAAGGGGAGCGCGUGCGGAAAGCCCGGAUGCUUACGGACUGUGGCUUCGACCUCAAUCAACUCAGUCCCCAGGGAGACAGUUUUCUACACCGCGAAUGCCACUACCGUGAGGGCGGGCCAGCCACCAAGGCCAACGUUGAGUUUCUGCUACACCUCGGAUUCAACGUCAAUGGACCCAACCAGCAGGGACGCACGCCGCUGGAGAUAGCCGCCCUGAACGGUGACCCCAAUAGCCCUCAACGCCUCAAUACCCAGGGCCGGGUGGAUCCGCAUCAGGUGUUGGAAUGCCUCCUGGCCGCGGGGGCGACUCUGGAACGGGAAUCCGGGAUCGAACUCCUUCGCUUCUCGUUGCGGGAACAGAACUCCCGUUCCUUGGUGCUCUUGUUGGAUGCCUGGAAGAAGCAGCUUGUGAGCUUUGAGUCCAGCAGCCCGAUCGUCAUGUUCUGCGCAGCGGCAGCUGCAGGAGACGUGGAACUAAUGCGCGACCUCCUGAAGCAGGGCAAAGUUGAGGGCAACUGCGAGGUUGAUAGAAUCACGGCGCUCAUUGCCGCCGCUCGAACGGGCAACGAGGAUGCGGUCAAGUUCCUCCUCCAGGAUGCCAGUGCCAGGAAGUCAUGUAACGAGACGGACGCGUACGGUCGGACUGCCCUGCACAAUGCCGUACUCCGGGGCUCUGAGCAGACCGUCCGCUUGCUAUUCCCCCAUACCAAGUUCAUUCUCGAAGACAAGGAUGGCCACCCCUCACAAGCCCUCCUCGCUGCCGCAGUGAGAUGCCAGCCCAUUACCAUCGUCGCCAUGCUUCUCGACCAGCUGUCAACUGAAAGCACCAAGAUCAGAACUGCCCCCGGGAUGCCGCCACGCCGAAUUGGGAUGGUGAUUGACGGCGACAACGAGCCCGGUGAAGCAGCAGCAGUUCAGGCGGCCUUCCGGACAGCAGUGCGCCACAGGAAGAAGGAUGCAAUCCGUCUAAUUCUGGACUGUAAGAACCCAUGGAUCGUUUACCCCGGGAAGUGGUACAACGCCCUCAACGAUACACUGACCUGGGACGAAGACCUCGCCCUGGAACUCCUUGAUCGCGGAGCGCGCGAUUGUUCCUUACAUCCCUACCCGCCGAUCAUGGUCGCCGCGAUGCAUAAUCGUACGAGGGCAAUAUCCGCGCUCAUCAAGAAGGGCGCCAAACUCGACCGCUACUCUCACCUGACAUACACAGCGCUGACACUGGCCGUCGAGCACAAUCAGGCCGAAGCCGUCGCGUGCCUCCUCAAAGCAGGCGCGGACACCUCGAUCGAAAUGGAGCUCGACAUGGCUUGCCGUAAAAAGACGAACGAGUACCACGACCGCAGCAACCCGUCUGGCCCCAGCCGGACCCGUAACGACACGAUCUUCGCGUACGCGGUUCUCCAUGGCCAGGCCGAGAUCGUCAAGCUGCUGAUCCCGCACUUUGAGAUUACGCUGCCCCAGCUCCGCGAUGUUUGGCUUGGCCGUAGAUAUAAGGAGGUGCGUGAUGGGCCGAAUGCCCUCCACGUUGCUGCUUACUGGGGGCAUUGGGAGGUUGUUCGGGUCUUGCUUGACACGCGGAAGUUCGAUUUGAAGUACAGGGAUGAUCAGGGGAAGCGGGCUUGUGAGUAUGCUACGGAUUCGAGGCAUCCGUGUCCGAAGGAUAUCUUGGACAAGCUCUCGGUCUAA